AAAAAUUACAAGGUCGUGGAUCAGGUUCGAUGGAUCUCCAGUUGGGUUGCGUUGCCGUUCUCAAUCGAAAUCAAGACGAAAUCGAUCAGAAUAUUUCCUUCGAUGAGAUGAAACGACGCGAAAAGGAAUUCUUUGUCAAACAUAAAGAAGCAUUUGAACAUCUACCAGCUGAAUUUAAAGGUAGUGAACAGUUAGUGCGACGUCUGGCUACAAUUCAACAGGAACGUAUUCGUUCAACAUUUCCAGGUAUAAUUAAAGAAUUAAGAAAAAAAAUCGCCGAAAAAACGACUCGUCUGAAAAAGAUUCCCGCUUCUAUGAAUACCGAAGCAGAAUGCUGGAAAAGUUUUCAAUCAAUGGUGGAUAACUAUCGAGAAAGUAUUCAUGAUAAUGUCAAAGGUGAGUACGACCAAGUUGCCUCGAUGGAACUCGACGAAAGACCCAGCACAUAUGCAGAAGUUGCUGACGAUGACACGAAUCCGAAUGAUGUUGAAGCUGAUGAAUCCCAAGAAGAAGAAGACGAUGAUAGUUCAAUUACUGAGGAGAAAAACGAAGAUCAUAUUGGCUAUCAUAUUUACCGUUUACAACGUACGUUUCAAGAUGAAUGUCGAAAAAGUUUCACGAAUUUUUUCUCUAAUAAAUACCAUAAAAUCGUCCUUCGUGAAAUCGAUCGAACAGCUGGUAUUUCUCUACCCAAUUUUCCUAGUUAUCAAAUUAUUGUUGGACUCUUUCGAAAACAACUGCAUAAAAUGCCUGAGUGCUGUCACACAGUGGUUAACAGAAUACAUGAGUAUAUGUCUGGAUGUUUGCUACGAUUAUUUGAACAAGCUUUCAAUAGCGAGUACCCUCGUCUCAAAGAACGUUUAAAAGAGAUGAUCAUUACACGUCUCGGCGAAGUGAAAGAUGUUGUAUUGGAACGUGUUGAAGAAAUUCUAGACAUGGAACGGCGUGUGUUUACACUCAACCAUUAUUAUAUGGACACGGUGAAUAAAUUAAAAAAAGAAGAUAAAAAGCAAAAUGAUGAACAGAGCAGAUCAACUGUCACAUCACCUUUCGCAUUUGGCACUUCAACAGUAACAUUACCUCCCUUAUUUAGCAAUUCAGCAGUAAGAUUAGCUUCAGUCGCAAAGACUACUAUUCCUACAGCGCCUUAUGCAGCUGUAUCUAAUGAAACGCAAGCUGUAAUAGACAUCCAGAUUGCACUACAUGCUUACUCAAAGGUAGUGGGAAAACGUAUGGCUGAUCAUGUUGCACAAACAUGCUACUAUCAUUUCAUCACGCAAUGUGCAUUAAAGAUAGAUCGACAUUUGAGCGGUUCAAUACCUUCCUCAGAACUCGUGAAAUACAUGCGUGAACCAGCGAAACAAACUAAUCUUCGAAACAAACUCACUCGUAGUAUUCAAGCUUAUGAAGAAGCAUUACAGUAUGGUGUCGUACAUUUGUAA